AAAGGAGUGGUAGGUCUAGCUAUGGAGACGGGUUUGACCGGGGUUUUGUUGCUGCUGUGUAGAACGGGCCGUAGGUCUAGCGAUGGAUGCGGGAUGGAAGCAGAUGGCGAUUAGAUGAAGUUCCAUUCGAAGGAGGAGAAGAGAGCCAGCAUUCGAAGGAGAAGAGGGUCGGCAUUCGAAGGAGAGAUCAUAGAUUGAGAGAGAUGGGGAAUUUGAUUGCCAAGGAAGAGCCCCCUCCCAUGGUGCUGGUUCCUCCCAUCUUCGACUUCCCUCCAAUCGCCGCUCGGACCAGGAUGCUUGUUCCGUCAUAUGACUUGAUGUUUGGGAAACUUGCAUUGCAUUGUCUUUUUGAGGAUUACUUUGAAAAAGCAAAUCGUCUAAAUGCAUGGAUUAUGCUAAAACCACUGGAAGAUCCUAAUGUAGAUUUAAUUGCAACAGUGACUGACUCACUGGAUAAAACUUCUGGGGGGAUCAUCGAAGGAGAGGCAAUGUUUCGUUGGCAAAGGGACUUGGAUAAUCCUAAUACCUUUAUAGAUCUUUUGGUGUCCACAAAUGAUCCCACAUUACGCUUGAGGUUGUCCUCUUACUCUUCUAAGUAUCAAAUUGGAGCUUUUGGAGUAUUUCCCUUGCUAAAACAUAAGAGAUUGCUCCCAGAAGAUUAUGGUUUGAUGGGAAUGAGAUAUGGGUCAGAAAGGCUAUCCAUUGGCAGCAUAUUUAUGCCAUUUCCAUUGUCCAGUGAAACUCCAUUCAACACAUGGCUUAUAGGAAGGGCAGGGAGAUUAAGUGCUGGAGUGCUAUUCAAGUCAGUCUGUGAAAACAAAAGGGCAGUGUGCUUUAAGGAUCUUAAUAACUGGAGUUGUGCAAUUGGUUAUGAUAUUGGUUUGAGGAGCCCUCUUUGCCCUUCAUACAAUUUCAGCCUUGAAUUAGCCAGGAACUCACAGCUAAUUGCAUCUUUCUAUCAGCAUCUUGUCGUUCAAAGAAGGGUGAAGAAUCCAUUUGAAGAAAGUGAAAUAGUUGGCAUUACAAAUUAUAUCGACUUUGGCUUUGAGUUGAGGACGAGAAUCAAUGAAGUAAAAUCAUCCAGCAUUGGUGAUAGUUCCUUGUUCCAGUUAGCUGCAUCAUGGCAAGCUAAUAAGAACUUCCUAUUGAAGGGAAAAUUGGGUCCAUUGACCUCUUCAGUAGCUUUAGCAUUCAAGUCUUGGUGGAGACCUUCCUUCACAUUCAGUAUAACAGCAAACAAUGACCCUUCGCGCGGAACAACUUAUGGAUUUGGAAUUCGUGUCGAAGAUCUAAGAGAACCUAGUUAUCAAAGAGCAGAUCCGAACUAUGUGAUGCUGACGCCGAACAAGGAGCACUUGGCAACCGGUGUCCUCCAGAAUUUUGGGAAGAUGCCUUUGUUCCAGUCAAAUAUAGACUCUGGAAAUUAUGAUCAUUUGCCAAGGGAGUUGAAACCCAUAGGAAAAAUUUUCUGAUACAAGAUGUAUAAGUAUAAACCAAGUGAGACUCGUGAGUUUGGACGCAAAGCAUCGUCAGUCAUUUCGAUUUCCAUGGACCUAUCCAAUCUAAUUCUAGAUGGAGUCAGAACUUAUUAGAGAUGAUUUUUGUAACAGCGGCAAGAAAUAAUUAGAAAUUUUUGAUGUUUGUUAUUUGUGCUGGGAAUUACAUAGUUGUGUUACCUUCCUUCUUUCUGAUUCAUUUGUUAGUGACAUGGAGCACACUAAAAUUCUGAGAUUUUAGAAGAUACAUUGUUCUUGCUGUUGUAUCUGAUUAACAUGCCUUAAUAUAUCGUUUUUUCAUUUUA